GACCGAUCAUUGUGUUUAGAAUUGUGUCAGUGUAAGGUUGAAUUGAAUUGAAGUGAAAAAUGGCUCGUACAAAGCAGACCGCUCGGAAGUCUACUGGAGGCAAGGCUCCUCGUAAGCAGUUGGCUACUAAGGCAGCACGUAAAAGUGCGCCAGCUACUGGCGGUGUGAAAAAACCUCAUCGCUAUCGCCCUGGUACAGUUGCUCUGCGUGAAAUUCGUCGUUACCAGAAGAGCACAGAAUUGCUUAUACGCAAGUUGCCGUUCCAGCGUUUAGUCCGUGAAAUCGCUCAGGAUUUCAAGACUGACCUUCGUUUCCAAAGCUCAGCUGUAAUGGCUCUGCAGGAAGCUAGCGAAGCCUACUUGGUUGGCCUAUUCGAAGAUACAAAUUUGUGCGCCAUUCAUGCCAAACGCGUCACGAUCAUGCCCAAGGACAUUCAACUGGCCAGACGUAUCCGUGGCGUUGCAGUAUCCGCGUCCCCCGUGACUCCCCAAACAGCCUCGGCUGAGAAGAAGGUGGCUGCUAAAAAGCCAGCAUCUGCAUCCGUAUCUAAGGCAAAGAAAGCAGCGGUCCCUCCAACACACCCACCAACUCAGCAGAUGGUGGAUGCAUCGAUAAAAAAUCUAAAGGAACGUGGAGGCUCAUCCCUCUUGGCUAUUAAGAAAUAUAUCAGUGCCACUUACAAGUGCGAUGCCCAGAAGCUGGCUCCAUUCAUUAAGAAGUACCUGAAGAAUUCGGUUGCGAGUGGAAAGUUGAUCCAAACAAAAGGGAAGGGUGCAUCUGGUUCAUUUAAGCUGUCUGCAUCUUCUAAAAAGGAGCCCAAGCCAAAGGCAUCCUCUAUAGAGAAGAAAUCUAAGAAGUUUCCCGUUGGUCGUAUUCAUCGGCUUCUUCGCAAGGGCAACUAUGCCGAGCGUGUUGGUGCCGGUGCUCCAGUUUACUUGGCGGCUGUUAUGGAAUAUUUGGCCGCUGAAGUUUUGGAGUUGGCUGGUAAUGCAGCCCGCGACAACAAGAAAACCAGAAUUAUCCCUCGCCAUCUGCAAUUGGCCAUCCGCAACGAUGAAGAGUUGAAUAAACUCCUUUCGGGCGUCACUAUUGCCCAGGGCGGUGUGUUGCCUAACAUCCAAGCAUGAAAAAUGGCUCGUACAAAGCAGACCGCUCGGAAGUCUACUGGAGGCAAGGCUCCUCGUAAGCAGUUGGCUACUAAGGCAGCACGUAAAAGUGCGCCAGCUACUGGCGGUGUGAAAAAACCUCAUCGCUAUCGCCCUGGUACAGUUGCUCUGCGUGAAAUUCGUCGUUACCAGAAGAGCACAGAAUUGCUUAUACGCAAGUUGCCGUUCCAGCGUUUAGUCCGUGAAAUCGCUCAGGAUUUCAAGACUGACCUUCGUUUCCAAAGCUCAGCUGUAAUGGCUCUGCAGGAAGCUAGCGAAGCCUACUUGGUUGGCCUAUUCGAAGAUACAAAUUUGUGCGCCAUUCAUGCCAAACGCGUCACGAUCAUGCCCAAGGACAUUCAACUGGCCAGACGUAUCCGUGGCGAGCGCGCUUAAAUUGCUUCGCUAUUCUCUUUUGUAGAUAUUACAAGCAACAUCCAACAAAUCGGUCCUUUUCAGGACCACAA